AUGAGUACUAGUGAUGCUGAUAAAUUGAAGCUGAAAGAAUUGUUAAACAAUGCAUUGACAUUGCGUAAUAAUAUAAAGACAUUGAAUCCUUCGGGUCAGACUUAUGGACAGGCUGUUGAGAAGCUGAAAGAGUUGUCAAAGGAAUCAAAGUCACUGAGUGAUCAGUUGUCAAUGGAGCAUGGCAAAGCUCUGUCAACAGAGUUCUACGCAUUCGCUCAGUUCUGCGAGCUGGCCGGCAAGCCAGAGGCAACAGAGAUCGAGACAUACGAGACACAGCUGCAAGAGCUCAACGAAGCACGCAACUCUGCUCGUGCUCUGGGCGACAAGGCAUUAGAUGGCAGGAUUCUCGAGCUGCUUACAAACAUCUUUAGCCGCACUGGACAGUACGACGCAGAGAUCGAGGUCAUUGCCAAGGCAUGUCAGUUCGACAAGACCGUGCCCAAGACAAUGGCAUUGCUCAAUGCCUACUUUAAGAAGUUGGACUAUAUCUAUCAGGACCGCGACCGUAUCUAUUCGAUUCAAAAGGAUGACAGCGAUGCCUACAUGAAGCUGCACAUCAAUGCAUGGGAGCAGUAUCUCUGGCUCAAGCAACAACCACAAUUCCCCCGCGACAACUUUAUCCGAAUGCAAAAGGCACCGCUGUUCAAGCUGGCCAUCUAUGUCGGCUCGUUGUCCAAUCCAUUGAUAUCGGCCAAGGACAACGAAGUGGUGGACAUUGCCAUGGAGGCAUUCGACGAGGCAUUCUACAUUUCCGAUCUUGUCAAUGACAAGGAGUACCACUGUGCCGCCGUCGCGCACAAGACAUCAAUGUUGUACAGAACACUUUCAGCAGAGCAGCGUGAAGCCUUGCUAGAGUCACUCAAGAAGACCGAGGCCGAAUUUAAGCCAAUCAACAGCGAAAUCAGAGACUUGAUCAAUUCAAUUGAGAACAAGGCACCAUCAUUACAUCCAGAGAUGAAGGAAAAUGAUCCAAAGGAAGGCGAGGAGGCAACAGCCACCAGCACAGAUUAA